UGGCUGUGCACAAGCAGGCGGGCCAGUGCAAAGUCUCCAAACAUGUGCAAACGCUUCCAGAUGCUCACUCAAGACGCAGCGAGCCACCUGGAAAAAUGUCUUUUAUAAAAGUAGAUCCAGCAUCCGAUUUCUCUUUCCACAAUCUACCAUAUGGCAUAUUCUCCACUUUGAACAAUCCCAAACGUCGCAUUGGGGUCGCCAUUGGAGACCAGAUACUGGACCUGAGUGUGAUACUCUCACUGUUCCAAGGGCCUUUGAUGUCCAAACACCAGGAUGUUUUUCAACAGCCGACACUAAAUGCUUUCAUGGCUCUUGGAUAUGAAGCAUGGAAGGAGACCCGGAGAACAUUACAGUUUUUGCUCUCAGCCAAUGAACGCAUUCUAAAAGAUGAUUGUGCUCUACGCACGAGAGCUUUUGUCCCUCAGAGUGCAGCCAUAAUGCAUCUUCCUGCAGAUAUCGGUGAUUACACUGACUUUUACUCAUCCAGGGAUCAUGCAACUAAUGUUGGCACCAUGUUUCGGGGAAAAGAAAAUGCUCUGAUGCCAAACUGGUUGAGCCUUCCCGUGGGAUAUCAUGGUAGAGCAUCAUCAGUGGUUGUUUCCGGCACCCCCAUUCGUCGGCCCUUGGGGCAGAUGAGACCUGAUCAAUCUAAACCUCCCGUGUUUGGCCCGUCAAAGCAAUUGGACAUUGAGUUGGAAAUGGCUUUCUUUGUUGGUGGAGGGAAUUUGCUCGGGGAGCCAAUCCCAAUUGAGAAAGCCCAUGAACACAUCUUCGGCAUGGUGCUCAUGAAUGAUUGGAGCGCUCGGGAUAUCCAAUCUUGGGAGUAUGUUCCUUUGGGUCCUUUCUUGGGGAAGAACUUUGGAACAACCAUCUCACCUUGGGUGGUCCCCAUGGAGGCGUUGUUACCCUUUGCAGAGCCUAAUCCCAUUCAGGAUCCACAGCCCCUCCCUUACCUCCGACAUGAAGACGCUUACACUUUCAAUAUCAAUCUGUUUGUAUCACUAAAAGGGCAGCAUAUGAAAGACUCUUCAAUCAUCUGCAAUUCAAACUUCAAGUAUAUGUACUGGACAAUGAAGCAGCAGCUCGCUCAUCACACAGUCAAUGGCUGCAACAUCAGAGCUGGAGACCUGGUGGCAUCUGGUACCAUUAGUGGACCUGAUGCAAAGAGUUUUGGCUCCAUGCUGGAACUAUCAUGGAGGGGAUCCAUGUACAUCGAAAUUGGUGGAGGAGAAACCAGAACCUUCCUCCAGGAUGGAGAUGAAGUUACAAUUACAGGUCAUUGUGUAGGAAAUGGUUACAGGGUGGGCUUUGGGUCCUGCACUGGAGUCAUCCUCCCUGCCCUGCACCACUGAAGCUCGUACUAUAUUUUGUGAGUGGGAUUGUCUUGCUCUGUGGAAAAUAAAUUGAGAAAUACACAAACACACACACACACACGGUAUGACUGAGGCAUUAUUACACAUCAUGUUUAAAUGUUACUGUUGGACCAAAAUCAGUAUUAUGGAUAUUUUUUCCAUCUACGUAUUGGGUCUCAAUUAGUGGAAUGGAUGCACAACUGGUUAUAGCGUUGGGCUCACAGUUCUGAGGACCCGGGAUCAAAUCCCAAAGCCCACCUAUGUGGAGUUUGCAUGUUCUCCCGUGCCUGCGUGGGUUUUCUCCGAGCACUCUGGUUUCCUCCCGCCACCCAAAAACAUGCAUUAAUUGGUGUGAUUGUGAGUGCGACUGUUGUCUGUUUCCAUGUGCCCUGCAAUAGGCCGUGAUUAGCUGGCAACCAAUUCAGGGUGUACCCCGCCUCCUGCCUGAAGAUAGCUGGGAUAGCCUCCAGCACUCACACGACCCUUGUCAGGAUAAGCUUCUUGGAUGGAUGCAUGUUUCUCAAUUAAUAAUUAAAACAUCUAUUUUGAUCA